AUGAAAAAAAUAAAGGAAUCAUUGCAUGAUGAAAAUAUUCGUGAUGUUUUUAUUUCCUACAAGGAUAUAAUACAAAAUAAUGAAAGUGAAACCAGCAUAGAAUCAUACAAAGACGUAAAUGAGUUUUUGGAAAAUUCGGAUGAAUCUAAUUCCAGUUAUUCAAGUGAAAAUGAAAAUUCAGAUUUUUAUAAUUCAAAUUCCAUAGGUGAAAAAAAUAAUUUUUUAUCAUUUGUUAGUAAUAAUUUUAGAUCAAAAAAAGAAAAAAAAUAUAAAAAAUGUUAUACAACUAGCUACAUAAAUCAUAUGAACAGUAUCGAAAAUUUUCCAUUUAAAAGUUAUAGAACCAUAAAUUAUGAUUUAGAUAAAAAAAAAAUAUUAGAAGAUUUUCAUUGGAAGCCUGUAGGGGAAAAUGUCCCAGAUAUUUCUUCAAUAAAUUUGUCUCGAAAAAAGGCAUGGGAUAUAGGAAAAGAGGGAUGUAAUGGAAUACUUAUUAAAAAUAUAUUUGAAAGUUAUAAACAAAAAACAUUGAACUACAUGAUAUUAGACGGGACUAAUAUAGAAACAUUUUUAACAGUUUAUUCACAUUCUUACCAAGAAACAAUAAAAGGUAUAAAUCCUAGUGUGCUAAAAAUAUUCAGCUUUUAUGACUUAGCCAGCGCUUAUUACUUAUACGAUUUGAAACAUAUCCAUAUAUUUAAAAGUUCCAAAGAUAAGAAAAAAAAUAAAACCAUUAUAAUAAAAGGAUUGAAUGAUAAUUUUUAUAAUUCUAUAUUAAUAUGUAUGGACGAAACGAUUCGUUAUUUAAAAUAUUCUAAUAUUAAAAAUAGUAUACUAAAAAAAUUGGAUCAAAAAAAUAAAAAAAAAAACACUAAGAUUGAAAAUAAAUUAGACAAAAAAACAUAUUUUGUAAAAUCAGCUCAAAAUGAAAACAAUAUGUAUAACGACAAUAUAAAAAAUGUAAUAUCUUUUAAUAAAAAGAAACACAUGGCCAAUUGUGAUACUUAUUUAAGUGAAAAUAAAGAGGACAAAUCAAAUAACAAUUUCUCAAAUAAUAGUAAUAUCAUUUCUGAUACAGAUAUUAAUUAUAGUAAAGAAAAAAGUAACAUUUCUUUAGAAAAUAUGUCAUCCAAUAAUAAUGAAGAAUUUGGUUAUGCAUAUAUAAAUUAUAUUAUGAAAAAAGAAGAAAGAGAAUUACAUCAAACUGGUAAAAUGAAUAACAGUAAUCUUGAAUAUUCAUCUCAUACAUCUGAUAGCAAUGUACCAUAA